AUGGCUGCCGAACUCGCUAAUCGCAUCGGCGAGCUCAAUCCCUUCUCCUCCAAAAAUAAACAUCUAAACGAUGAAGAUUACGGCGAAGAAAUCGACAACAACACCGUCGCUGGCGGUGGUCACACUGGUCGGCGCGUUGUAACAGACCUCAGAGUCAGCAGCGCCUUGAGAGAAUUCAUCGCCAACGAAAAGAUCCUCUCCAAGAGAGAAGCCGGUGUUAAAUCCGAUGAUGCGUCGCGUGCUCUGCUGGAGCUUGUCAGCAAGCCGCAUAUUCGCGUCCCGCCAGAGCUUACGGAUAGAUCGCAUCCUUUGCCAGAGUACUACAUCAGUUCGAGCCAUAAUACUUAUCUCAUGGCCCAUCAGCUCUAUGGAUCUUCAUGCGCGACGGCAUAUGAGACUGCGAUUAAGACUGGAGCGCGAUGUGUAGAGAUUGACGCUUGGGAUAACAGUGACAACAAAGAUGAACCCAAGGUGACCCAUGGCUAUACUCUGGUAUCCAACAUUUCCUUCCGGGCUGUAUGCGAGACCAUCAGAGAUUCAGUCGACCAGGAAGAGCUAGACUCGAGAAAGCUCGGGUUCCGACCUUCACCUCUUCUACUGUCAUUAGAGAACCACUGCGACGCCCAUGGUCAGAUGCGCCUCGUCAACAUUAUGGUAGAGGUAUUUGGCGAUCGUCUUCUGAGCAAGGCUGUGAGAGAUAUCGGCCAUAACGAACAGGCUGGAUCGGGAGAUCACGUCCGCUUGGAGGACCUGGGUGCCAAAAUUGCUGUCAUUGUUGAGUACCAUUUCCCAGGUGAGCCUUCAGACAGCGACUCCAACUCGGACGACUCGUCAGACGAAGAGGAGGAAAAGGCCGCGCGAAAGGAGUACAAGGAAAAGAAGAACGAGGAAGUACCCACAAUCAUCAUACCUGAGCUUGCUGAGCUGGGUGUCUACGCCCAAUCCGUCAAACCAGUCGACAACUCAUGGUACGAGGAGGGCACUCUCUCCAAUGGGCCUCACCACCACCUCAUCAACGUCUCCGAGUCAGGCCUCGCGAAGCAUCUCCCCGAGCAUACAUCAGCCGUCUCCAGACAUAAUGCCCAGCAUCUCAUGCGUGUCUUCCCCAAAGGUACUCGUAUCUCAUCCACCAAUCUGAAGCCCGUUCCUUAUUGGGGAAUCGGCGCUCAGAUCUGUGCUCUCAACUUGCAGAGAUUCGGAGCUAGCAACCAGCUUAACGAGGCUCUGUUUAGCGGUACGGAUGGUUACGUCCUCAAGCCCGCUGCUCUCCGUGCCGGCGGAAACGGAAAGCUGAGCACAGGCCGAAGCAAGCGCCUCCGUCUGCAUGUUGCAGGCGCAACGGAUAUUCCUCUACAUGGCGACUCCGAGGCAGACUCUAUCAAGCCAUACCUAACAUGCACACUGUACCACCCAGACGACCUCAAAGAUGAACCGCCAAAGCGCAAGACAACCCCAUACAAGCAGCACAAGCUUGAGUUCCUACACCGAGGGCCAAACCCACCACCCACGGACCCAAUCUGGGACGAGACCCUGACGUGGGAGUACGAAGACAACGAGCUGGUGUUUUUGCGCAUGCUCAUUAAGAGCGAUGAUAGUUGGGCGCGAAACCCCAUGUUUGCUGUGGCAGCAGUGCGACUACUUUAUGUUCAGCCAGGCUGGAGUUUUAUUCGCAUGCUGGAUCUCAAGGGCCAUGAGACACAAUGUUCCAUCCUUGUUAACUUUGAGAUUAUUGAUGCUUAG